GUGGGCGGGGACUGGCGGGGGCGGGGCCGGCGCGCACGGUGAAUGAAUGGGGCGCGCGGCGGCGGCGGGACCCCGGCGCGGCGGCGCGCAGCGGGCCCGGGAGCGCAGCGGGCGGCAGGCGGAGCCGCCAGCGCCAGGUCUGUGCGAGGGGCCGCUGCGUGCGGGACAGCGCCGGAGCGAAAGUGGGUCACGGCGGGGCCCGGCGCCCCAGGCGGGGCGGGACCGGACUUGCGUGCCCCGGCCCGAGCCGGGGCGUCUCCCGCGUUCCCGGGCGGCCACGCCUGUGCGGCUGGCCCCCUGCCCGGCGUCCCGGACCGCCCUUCCCCCGACGCCUCCCCUUCCUCACUGGGCAGCCGCGCCGGAUCCCGGGGGAGGCGGACCGGAGCCUGACGCCGACUGUUCGGUGCCCGCAGCGGCCAGGGCCAUGGGCACUCCGGCCUCGGUGGUGAGCGACUCUCCGGGACGGGCAGCGCCCUCAGCCCGCGCCCGUAAGCGGGCCACGGCCAACAUCUUCCAGGGCGUGGGGCUGCGAGAGCUGCGGAGCCUGUUCCGGAGCGGCGGGGCCGAGCGGCCCGAGGAGCGCGCCCGCCUCGUCUGGCGGUACGCGGGCCAGCGGCGCAUGGCGCGGGCCCUGCGGCGGCUGCGGCGGCGGCGAGCCCAGCCCGGCGGCGGGAUGGCAGCGCUUCGGCGCUUCCAACACCUUCGGUAGGAUCGCGGAGAAGAAGCUGGAGGGUGAAUGCGGGGCCGAGACGGGCUCGGGCUCCAUGUAGCAGCGCUGAGAGGCUGGAGAGCGGCUCCCCAAGGUCCCUAAGUGUACCGGGCGGGUGCAAUGAAUGGUUAAUAAAGGGUAGACAGUGGUGGUGGGUGAGGCUCUGGUUGUGUCCUGCUCAUCCCUGAGUAGCAGAGCCAUGGUCCAGGCUGUUGUACAGCACCUAGUGCAAGGGGAACAGCCCCACAUCAGAGGUCAGGUUGGAACAGACCUGUGGGUCCUCUAUUCCAGCCUCCCUGCCUCCCAGCAUCCUAGAGCAGAUGUCACAGGAUCACAGCCAGAUGGUUCUUGAAUAUCUCUUGUGAGGGAGACUCUCUGGGCCAAUCUGUUCCAGUGCACAGUCACACAGUAACUGCCCUGGCACAGUCACAGGGACAGCUGAAGAACAAGCUACAUGCUGCCCUUCAUGAGAAGGAACACUAGGAAGAGAGAACACAGAUUCUCCAGGUUAAGAUUUCUCUGCUGGAAGAGCAGCUGGCCAAGCUGGAAGAGUGUAGCACCCAGGAGAACGGAGCAGUCAUGAGGGACAUUCUGAAGCUGGAGGAGCUGAAGCAGGAGGUAUUCAGCCUCGCUGCCAGAAGAACAAAACUCCAAGCCAUGGUCCUGUGGCUGAAGGAGGAGAAGCAGCUACAGGGAGCAGACUUGCAGUCUGAAUGUGGCCACUUGGAGGAGGAGAAGCAGCAGCUGAGCAGCCUCAUCUCCAGCCUCUAGAGCUCCCUCUCCAAGAGCCACUGGGCCCAGGAGAGACUGGAGCAGGAUCUGCAGACAGAAUGCCAGGAGACAGCUUGGGCAGCUGGUUGCCC